UGCUUAGCUAUUCUUGCCUGUUUCACACGGAGUAGGUCAUGUGUGCAAACAAGAGUGUGUGUAAUGCAAUGAAUAUUGAUUGUAUCGUUGAGGUACAAAUUUAAGAGAGACUACGAAUAACCUUUUUUUUUUUAUUAUUCACUGUACCUACCUUCACAACAGGCUGCUGCCACCGUAGUUAGAUAGCUAGUUUGUUUAAAACUCGCUGCAGUAUGUGGACCGCCGAUGAGAUUUCCAAACUGUGCUACAAGCGCUUCAGCGAGUUGCCCAAGAGAGGAAAGCCCGAGCCGGGCAGAGAGUGGACGCUUUUGGCCGCCGUAGUAAAAUGUUCAGUGUCCCCGAAUCAAGAGAAAGUUGAGGUAGUGUCAUUGGGAACUGGCACUAAGUGUAUUGGGCGCUCAGCCAUGAGCUCAAGGGGAGAUGUGCUCAAUGACAGCCAUGCAGAAGUCAUUGCCAGGAGGGGUUGCAUUAGGUAUCUGACUGAGCAGCUGCUGAUGGCAGUAUGUGGGCAAGGCAGCACUGUGUUCUGUCAGGGAGAGGAGAUGGGAAAGUGGAAGGUACAGUCAGGGGUGUCUUUCCUGUUCUUCACAAGUCACACACCAUGUGGAGAUGCCUCCAUCAUUCCCAUGAUGAGUGACUGCCAAUCCCAACCCUGCCCACCAAUAAGGUCAGAUGAGAUCAUCCCCAAUGGAACCAAUGAAAAAGCAGAAAGAGUGAACCUGAAACGCAGAGCGGAGACACAGACUGAUGGGAUCAAUAAGCAUCCUCGAUUAGAAGAACCGGAGAAGUCAGAGGAUGAGCUACAGUGUGGUGGGAGCCUGGUUGAAAAUCUUACUGACAGCCCUGCACAGGCCCCUGCAGAGAGUCCAAGGUCGGAGGGGGAGAAUGUGCUGACCAACGUGGUGUUAAAACAAAGGGACAAUGCUUUGACACAACAGUCUCUACAGGACAUACACCGGACAGGUGCUAAGUGUGUCCCUGGAGGACCAGAGGAUCCCCUCCAGCCCGGGUUAGGGUACCACAGUACUGGGCUGCUGAGAGUGAAGCCUGGUCGGGGGGAGCCCACUCUGUCUCUCUCCUGCAGUGACAAGCUGGCCCGGUGGGCAGUGCUAGGUUUCCAGGGUGCGCUGCUCUCCCAUUACCUACAGGGGGCAGUCUACUUCAGCACAAUAGUGGUGGGGAGAUGUCCAUACAGCCAUGAGGCCAUGCAGAGAGCUCUGAUCACCAGGUGUUCUGAGGUGACAGCCCUGCCUGCUGGCUUCACAGUGCAGCCUCCAGAGCUCCUGCAGUCCAGCCUGGAGUUUGCUCACAGCCAGGCACAGACUGAGCACAAUCAUCAGCCCGGCAAGGGCAGAGUCUCACCUUGUGGCGCAGCUAUCAGCUGGUGCGCUGUGUCAGAUCAGCCACUAGAUGUCACUGCUAAUGGCUAUAAACAUGGAGUGACCAAGAAGGCUCUGGGCACAUCAAAAGCAAGGUCUCUUAUUUGCAAAGUGGAACUCUUUCAUUCUUUCCUGUCACUGCUGGCUGUCACUGACAAGUCCCACCUCCCUGAAUCUCUAAGGGGAAAGGAGCUCCAGACGUACUGGGACUACAAGCAGGUGGCUCAGUCGUACCAGCAGGCCUCGCUGCAGCUGCGCUCACAGGCCUUCCCACUGUGGCUCCGCAGUGAUCGCGACCUGCUGCAGUUUCACUGAAACACAGUACAACUGUGUACUAACCAGAAACCGGUUAGUACAGAAUGCUGUGUGAUUAUUAGAGGGACAUAGCCAAAAACAGGUGAAAGGACACAUAUACUGUCGUGAAGCAUUAUUGUACUUGUAGAUGUGCCAAGGAGGCGAUGACCAAUUUUGGCAGGACAUGCAAAGGCAUGAGUUCAGAAAGGGCUUGGAGCUCACAUGGUCAGUAUCUCCAUCUAGCCUAUUCAGAUAUAAAUCGCUUGGCUUGGAAUGCGUUAACAUUCCACUAGAACAAUGCCUGACCUGUUUUUUAAACUUAUUUGUUAUCUGUUCAUUCUCACAUUAUGUUCUUGAGAUCUGCGUCAUUGAUUUGUGUGGCAAUCUUUGUUCCUGUAUAUCCAGAAUUUUAUGUUUUAUUAUUACAGUAUUACUUCUGAAUAUUUUUCUGUUGCUAAAAAUGGAUUGGUUGUUUUGAAUGAGUACAGAUAGAGUAAUUUUGUGUUUUUAUUGAUUAGGUAGUCCAGCUACCUUUCAUUUCAUAUAUUCAAAAUGUUUGGUAUAUAUUGUCUUUAAAGAUAAACAAAUCCAACAUUGUUAAAUUAAAACAAAAAAGUUAUUACUGUAUAUAACUGAUUAUCUUUAACUGCUAAUAGUACUGCAAUAACAUUGCCAAACUUAUUUUUCCUUUCCCUAAAAGUAAUGUUAAACAGCCAUCACUAGCACAGAGAGGCAGCUGCCUACUUAGACAUGAUAUCAUUGGCAACUUUAAUAAAUGGAACACUAGUCACUUUAA